CGGCUCCGAAGGAUGGUCCAAGCGUCUAAUCCGAUAAGAUUGUAGAGAUCCAAACCACACUUUUUUAUCGGGUGCAAUCUUAACGCGGUUGUCUUGGAGCUUCAAUUUCAACCCCAGACUCAAACCCCGCGUGGCGCAUCACACACCUCAAGUCACUGAGCCGCCGCCUCUGGCUAUGAUUCGAGGCCUCAUCAAGGCUGACCAUGGCUGAACCCUCCGCAAUGCAGCCCCAGGGCGACAACAAGAAGCGAAAGUCAUCGACGGCAGAAGUAGUUGAGUCGUCCGCCGCCGCCGUCUCGAAGAAGAAGAAGAGCAAAACCACCAAGACGACGCCGACAACAAGCGCAAGCACAAGUUCGAGCGCAAGUUUCAACGGCCCGACGACUCCUCUACCCCCCUCGCACGAAGCCCUCCUCGCGGACCUCAAAUUGAAAUACGACGUCCUCCCCGCCUUCACCAUCUCCUCGACCAAGAUCCAGAAGCGCGUAAGCUGGCUGCUGCAGCACCUGCGCAAAGACGACGGCGAUCCGAGGAAGCGCGCCGUGCUCGUCUACGCGCGGCCGGACGAGGUCACCAAGAUGAUUUCGAUUGUGGAGACUGUGAAGCGCAUCGUGGCGGCGGCGGAGAAGAAGAGCGUGGAUGAGAAGGAGGAAGGGAGCGGCAAGUGGUACCAGUACAACCUCAUGUACGAGCUGCCGCCAAAACCUGACGUUGUGGAAGAGACGGUUCUGGGCGGCGGGACACGGGACGGUUCGGACGAUGAAGACGAUUUCGAGGUCAUGGGGAGCCGCUUCGAGAGAGCCGUGUUGCCGCAACCUGCGAAGCGCGCGACCAAGUCGCUGAGCAUCUUCCUUUCGUUGGAGCUCAUGCCGGAACUCAAAGCUCGAGACGGGGUCACGACGCAGACGAACGCGGCGCCGGGCGCAAAGGCGAGCUCGACGGCGCUUUUAAGUUGAGAACUUGCGACGAGGCCGCUUGAGGGUGGAGGAGUUAGAUCCGAAGGCAGGCUCUCGAGAAGGGGAGUUUGCGAGAUGUCGCUGGUAACGCACCCAACAACGAUACGGCGUGGCAUUUUAGUACAUUGCAUCAAGAGGCGUUCAUAGGAAAGGGUGGGCUACCAUUUGAUACCCAAAACGGGCGGGGCAAGGUCGAUAUUAAAAGCUUUCGACACGAGAUGAAUAGACAGCAUCGGGAAGAGUAUUAGAACCAACGAGGCACCCAAUUCCUCAUAUGCUCAAAACA